AUCAAAGAUAAACCUAGAUGUUUGUUCAUAUAACUCUUCUCAUAUAACUCUUCUUGUGAAACUAAUAUUGUCGUUGGCACAAAGAUGGAGAACAUUAACCUCUACGAGGAGCUGGGAAGAAGCUAUACUUCUGUUGUCUAUAAAGGAAGAAGGAUGGGCACUCUAAACUAUGUAGCUCUCAAAUGCAUUGACAAAUCUAAGAGACCUGAAGUCACAAACCAUGUUCGUCUCACCCAAGAUCUGGAUCAUUCUAACAUUGUACGCUUUUAUGAGUGGUAUGAGACCAGAAAGCACUUGUGGUUAGUGCUGGAGCUCUGCACAGGUGGUUCCUUGGAGUCAGUUAUUAUUCGGGAUGGAUUUCUUCCAGAGGAUGUCGUCAGGACGUUUGGAUGGGACGUGGUCAAAGGACUGGAAUACAUCCACAAGUUAGGAAUUGUUUUCUCUGACUUGACACCUGCUAAGAUCAUGCUGGAUAGCAGUGGUAUUUUAAAGUUAGGUAACUUCUGUCACUCCAAAACAAACAGUGAAACUCUUGAAGAGUUCUUUAUAUUGUGUGAAGAGGCAGGAAAAAGAGAAUACGACAACAUAAAGAAAAGGUUUCAAGGCUCCACAAUUUACAUGGCUCCAGAGGUUCUACAGGGUUCAGAAACUACUGUGAUCUCAGAUGUCUGGGCUCUUGGUUGUAUUCUGUACUACAUGUACACUGGUAAACCUCCAUUUUUGUCUAAUAGUUAUGGUGAACUACUGGAAAUGAUUUUGCAUCAGGAACCAUCAUCUCCCAUGCAGAAAGUGUCCUCAAGUACUCCUCCCAGUCAGGAUUUCCAAAAUCUUCUGAAAGGCUUACUCAACAAAAACCCGAGUAAGAGAUUGAAGUGGUCAGAAUUACUCAAUCACCAUUUCUGGACUGAAGCACUGAAUGAAGAAGAUGAUUUAAAAGAAGUAGAAGAAAAAGAGGACAAAGAAGAGCAGUGUGCAGAGAGAAUAAAUUCAACCAGAUGGGGACACAAAAGGAUCCUGGAGCCCUUCCCUUUUGGAGACCAGGCUGAUAAACAUCCUUGCAGCCAAAUGACAAAGACUACACCAGUCCAUAAGUCUUCGGAGAACUCGAUCUUAUCACAGACAAAAUCUACAAUAACAAGGAGAGCAGACAGCAGGAUUGAGAGACACACAACCCAUGGAGACUUGAUGAAGAAUAAGGGAUCAGACAGGACGAUGGUACAGUCCACAACAGGAGAGGAGGACACAAAGACAGAAGAUGAAAUAAAGAUGAAUGUGACUCAACAAAUGAGUGCAAAAGAGCAGACCCGGGAGCCGUUCUCACUAGAUAAUGCAUUCAAGUUCAAGCCAAAGAGUGACUUGGAUGACGACAACACUGAGCCAGUUUUUCCACUCAGCUCCUGUGUGACUUCAAAAGGAAGUUCCAGCAUCUUAGACUCUCUAAACCAGGGGUCACCAACACAGUGCCCGCAGGCACCAGGUAGCCCCCCACGACCACAUGAGACCACAACCGGCAACGACAUAACCGCUUAUGUGAAAGCGCUUCUGCAUACUGAAUCAGACAAGACAGUCACACCAGUCAUAGACAAUCCCAAGAUCCUUAAGAGUCCUCCUGUUCGAUUUGACUCUAAAAACCUUGGUGUGUCAGCGUGCACAGUGGAGAAGCUACUGUCACUUAGCAAUGAAGAGUGGAGCAUCCUCAUUCAACAGCUUUGUUCAUCACUUGAAGGACAGAAAACUUCUGCUCCUGCCCCUACAGCAACACGCUCCACAGUAAACCUUCUGUGCUACCUCUGCUGUGUGGUUAAACAUAAAGACGUUGCCAACAGGCUGAUUAACUCAAAAGUGCUUCAGGCACUAAACCUACAUCUUCAGCAAGCUCCAAACUGGGAUGUGCGGAGCUUUGUUGUCAGAGUUAUGGGUUUACUGGCUCUCCAUUGUACUGAACUUGAAGCAAUCAGUCCAGUUACUGAGGUGGUAUCUACUCUAUCAGACCUGUUGAGAGAUAACCGUAAGAACAGUCAAGUAAAGAGGUUUCUGCUGCCACCACUUGCGGAGUUUCUCUACCUUAUUGCUUCUGAGGAGGAGAAGAGAGGCUCCCCAGAGGGCCUGUGGUUCGUUCCCGCUGCCGCCUACACUGGCUUAAUGAGGAGCCUGCGGGAAGGGGAUGACCCCAUAGUUCAUCACAUGGCCGCAAAAGCCCUUGAGAACAUCAGCGCAACAGUCUCUGGGCCGUCACGCUGCCUAACGACCACAGAGAUCGGUUCUGCUCUGUGGUACCUGUUCACUCACUCCAAUGUAGAGGCUGUCAGAGUCACUGCCAUCUCUGCGCUCUGUAGGCUAACUCAGAGGGACCCUUCAGUCUUUUUGGCAGUGAUUGAGACCUGCGGACCUGCAUCCAUCUUGGAGGCUAUUGGUGGAGCAGGGCCGAGGCUCCAGCAACACCUGCUCACUGCCAUAGCCACCGCAUUGGUCAAUUCACGUAUUCAAACGCAACACGUCACACAGCUCAGUGAUUGUGUGUUAAAGGUGCUGCGCUGUCUUGAGAGUCCAUCCACAAUUACUAGAGCCAAAGCGUUUCUAUUGCUCUUGAUACUGAUCAAGGACAACACGCACACGCUGGUAUUCUGCUGUCAGCAUAGACUUGUGAUGUAUCUGGAGAGAGAUUUACGCAAAGCCACACCCCUUAAAAAUCACCUCAGUCAAUCAGGAUAUCUUGCGCAGUGUCUGGACUUAUUGUCAUAUCAUCUGAGGAGUACUGCACCACUUCUUCUGGAGGACAUUUUGUGUGCUUUGAGAGGCAUCAUUGGAAGGAGACACCCUUCCUUAUCUCAGAGCAAACAGCUUAAACGCACUUUGCCCUCUACGUCUGUACUGCUGGCACUUCUUUCAUCACAGACGUUUCGAUCUCAAAUUGUAACAGAGGAGUUUCUGGCUCAGAUGGGAUCACUGCUGGACAGUAUCACCCAUGUGGAGUCAAACCAAACCAAUCUGGCCAGUACUUUGGGUGCAACAAUGUGUGACGAGUGGAUUCGGACAACAUUAUCCAUAGUGGAGGUGCUGAGUCAACACAAUGCUCUCAUUAGUCCAUAUCGAAGCACUGUUGUUUAUUCUAUCCUGCGUCCUCUGACAACACUGGUUUUCAGCAAAAAUGCAGAAUGCUCUGCGUUUGCUUUGAGGAUUCAGUCAGAGCUCAGUCUGAUCCUUCUGGUCCACGAGGAUGAUAGUGAAGUGAAUGCGGAGAACAUAGAAAAGGAGGCAAAGAGAAGAGAAGAGAUGACAGCAGAAAAGAACGAUGACGAUAGCCCUUCCAAUCAAGUUGUAUCUCUUUUUACUGAAACUCUGCUUCCAAGGUAUGAAUCUCUUCUACAAGCAGCGGAGCCCAUCUCACUCUACGCACUCAAACUGCUGGUUUCCAUGACUGAAUACAGCACACAGAUGUGCAGGUUGAUCAAUCACAGCAGAGUCCUUCCAACAGUGUUUCAUCUCAUUAUGAACAACAGUAAUAGAACUGGUGGGAUGGUGCAGAAUGCAGUUGCCUUGCUGUGUAAUCUAAGUGAAGACUCAGUUUUGGACAUGGAGCCAGACCACCAAGAAGGCCUGACUGUGGUUGUUGUGAGCACCCUCUCAGACGCUGUAAUGGUCCACCUGGAUGGUGAAGCUGCCGGGAGGAAGGUCAGCCAUCUUGUUUUGCAAGCCUUGCUGGAAGUACUCCACAACAUCUUGAAACAGACAGCAAAUGUUGUGCGCUCAGCACUGCAGAGCCAGAGGCUAUCUUGUCCAACGGCAGAGACGGAUGCGGCAGAGAAGCUGCUCUUUGCCUUCAGACCUCUGAGCCAACUCAGCACGCACCUCAUUCACAUGCUGUCCACUGAGAGCCAAGAGGUGUGGGAGGAGUCCAUUCAGUGUCUCUCGCUGCUGGUCCAACUGUAUGGAGGAAGUCAUGACUGCCUGUCACCUUCCUGUUUACGUAGCUUCUCCCGUGUGCUUUGCACCGACGUGCAUAACAGGGCUCCCCAAAGUCAGCGCACAACACUCAAGAUAAUCAAACGGCUGGUGCAGAAUAUAGAUGGAUCUGAUUGGCUGGAAUGUCCUGAAGGGGAGGAGCUAGUGAGUCAGCUGCAGGACAUUACCUCAUCCAACAGGUACCAUGUGGAUGUGGUCCCUUUAGCUGCUGAAAUUCUCCAAAAGUUGUCCAUUUCAUCAUCAACCAUUUAGCAAAGCAAGAGUCAAAACCUUUCACUGGUCUGUAAAGUAUUUCAUUAGUUUGCUUUAAAAUGUUUUUAAUAUGAUUGGGUAAGUGGGGAUUGGUUUUUCCUCAUAGUUGGGUAAAUUUGCCCCCUUACAAAAGGUAGGGAUAGUUUAUAAUUUAUUUGAGCUUGGACCAGAGAGACAAAAUAACAAAAAAUCCAGGGGUAUUUGAUAAACCUUUCGCAAGCAGAGGUCAGACAUUUCUUGUGGUUGAUCACCAGGGUUCCACUCCUCUCCAAAUCCUGAAGGCUUCAAGGGCUGGUACUUGGCAAUUCAGUUUUAGUUUAACUCAGACUUUCGAUGGGUUUGGCUACUCCAGGGGUGAAGGAAAUUGACUUGUAUUUCUCAGAUUUUCGAAUAAUCGCAUCAACAUUGGUGUCAUCAUGAAGCUUCUUGCUGAAGGGACAGGACUGUGUGCUUCAUGGGCACACAGCAGUCUGUGGGGGACAGAUUUAUUGCUGGUUGGUAGGGGAUCAAAUACUUAUUUCAGAGAACCGGUUUCUUUCUGAUAAGUCCGCCUUUGUUGAAUAUAAUAACUUAUGCAGGGGAUCAAUUACUGUAUAUCACCCCCACAGCAUUUGCUACUGGCUUUGUUUCAUAAUUUCAAAUCAAACUGUUUUCUAGCAGAUGCUUUUGAGAAACAUUUGAAAAUGUAUCGUACAUGUGAGCUUUGGUGUAUUGUCUGAAUCUAAACCCCAUGUAUUACAGAAACUCAUUGAAAUCCUCCCGGUUCAAUUCUUUUAGCUUGGUUUGAUGAGCUCCGUAAAUGUCAGUGAGGUAUGCAGCGUGUUCACACCUUAGUGGUAAUGAUCAGUGGCACAAACUAAAUUUCAUGCCAUACUCAAUGGUCCAACAAAAAUUCUGAGUGAAGGGGAAAAAGGAUGCAGCCAGGUGAAAUAAUGAGUCCAUUUUAUUGUUUCAGAACACAGCAGGCUACAGCAACCAGCUCCUCUGACUACCCUAUACCCCACCCCCCCUUAGUAACAGACCAAUAAGAGCCCUCCUCCCACACCAGUCAGCUAGGUCUGCUACACCCCCUUUGGAACAGCAGAGACACCCAAGUGUCCACCUUUAAAGCAAGAAAAUAGCUCGAUAUUUGGACCAUGACUUCCAAUUCAUGUUUUAUACAAAAGCUACACAAUGUUACACUGCAACUGAUUUAACCUUAGUGUUUUGGACACCAAAAUGUGAUCAGAUACUUGGAUGGAGCAUUACCACUAAAAGAAAACCCUACCAGAGACAUAAAAUACAAAAAAGGACUGCAAACAAAAAGAAAUUAGAAUAAUGGGGGUAAAAAAAAAAAAAAAGCAAGCUAGAAGCAUUUUGUACCAUUAUAUAGACUUCAGGAAAGAAAACUAAAUAAAAAUGUUUUUAAAAAUAAAAAAAGCAUAAAAAUGGAAAAGUACAUAAAA